AGAGCAAACGGCUUUAACCCGAGUGAGGGGCAAAUGAGACGCCGCGUUAAGAGAGGCAGUUAGAGCGCAGUUUCCACACAGAGGUGAAGCAGUAAAGGACAGGCGGAGGGACACUGAGCGGAUGCGGUACAGAGCUUCACCGAUGCGCCGCGCUCAGCGAACCUGAACAAGUUUUGUGUGCGUGUGCGCGCGCGCGCGUGUUUGCGGGUGCGUGUUUCUUGCCGAAAAGCCCGAGCUCAUCAACUUGUCCCGAUCCGCUCCGAUGGCUUCAAUACUCGGCGGCAGUAGCGGCGGCGGUGCGGGAAGCAGCCAGAUCAGGUGCAAGUUCAAACGGAGAAGGAGGAGAAGAUCCAAGCGCAAAGAAAAAGUGAGCAGUAUGCUGUCUGCACUCAUCGUCCCCUUCAAGUAUAUGAGUCCAGGUCCAAGCAGCACAGAGGAUGAAGACACACUGAGUACCAGCAGUACAGAGGUGAAAGAGAACUGGAACACGGGGAACUUUGAGGACCGUACAAUCAUGGCAUCGGAUCGUCCGUCUUUCUUCCUGUCCGAUUCAUCCCGGAGCGGGACAGGCGCUCUGAAACGGAAGCGUCCGUUAGAGGAGGACAACAACGGGCGCAUAUGUGAGCUGCGAGUGUGCUGCAGAAGGUCCUCAUGGUCAGACACGCCGAAGAACGCCGUGGUGCAGCUGAACGAGCUGCGUCCAGGUCUGCAGUACCGCACCGUGUCCCAGACGGGCCCGGUGCACGCUCCGCUCUUCUCCAUCGCCGUCGACGUCAACGGGCUCACCUUUGAAGGAACGGGCCCAACUAAGAAAAAGGCUAAGAUGAGGGCAGCUGAGUUAGCGCUUAGCUCCUUCGUGCAGUUCCCCAACGCCGCUCAGGCUCACUCAGCCAUGGGAGGAGUAUCGAAUCCCACCACGGACUUCACCUCCGACCUUUCGGACUUCCCGGAAACGCUCUUUAAAGGUUUCGAACAGGACGGUUUUCGUUCAGCCAAAUCUGAGCUGCUCUCUAGCGCCCUCCGUUUGCGACACAAGCUGGACUUGAUGGUGGUACAAGCGAGGCAAGGCGACACCCACUUUUCCACACCUCCACCGACACCUGAACCGCCUCCUCCACCGAGCCCCGUAGUCCUGCUGAAUAACCUGCGGCCGGGAGCGCGCUACGCCUGCCUGUGCCAGAGUGCCCGGGGCCGGCGCGCUCGCCGCUGCUUUGUGAUGGCCGUGCUGGUGGACGGCAGAAUAUUCGAGGGCACAGGCUGCAGCAAAAAGCUGGCAAAGAGAAAGGCGGCGCUGAGUGCCCUGCAGGCGCUCUUCAACAUCACACAGGCACCCGAGGCGAGAGUGGGUAUGAUCAAGCGACCUCAUUUACCCCAGGACUUUGCAGAUGCCGUGUUUCAUUUGGUGAGGGAGAAAUACAGCGAGCUGAUUGGCUGCUCCGCCCUCAUGCACGCAUGUCACAAAGGCUUGGCGGGCAUCGUCAUGACCAGAGGGCUGGAUGUGCGACAAGCUGAAGUCGUAGCACUGGCUACAGGCACUAAGUGCAUUAAUGGAGAGUAUCUGAGUGACCAGGGCCUGACCGUGAACGACUGUCACGCAGAAAUCACAGCCAGACGAGCGUUACUACGCUUUCUCUACUCACACCUGGAGCUGCACCUCAGUAAACGAGAAGAGGACAAGGAGCAGUCCAUCUUCGUUCGACAUAAAGACUCAUCUUUUAGGCUGAGAGAGAACGUCCUCUUCCACAUGUACAUCAGCACGUCACCGUGCGGAGACGCCCGCAUUAACUCACCCUACGAGCUCACCACGGACUUCUCGGUGCACAGCAGCAGACCGGUGGUGAAGAAGUUCCACAGCCAUCUGCGGAGUAAGAUCGAGUCGGGGGAGGGGACGCUGCCGGUCAGGUGCAGAUCAGCCAUACAGACAUGGGACGGAGUGAUGCAGGGCGAGAGACUGGUCACGAUGUCCUGCACAGACAAGAUAGCCAGGUGGAACGUACUCGGCCUCCAAGGGGCGCUGCUGAGUCACUUUGUUGAGCCGGUGUAUCUGUACAGUGUAACUGUAGGCAGCGUGACACACACUGGACACCUCUCCAGAACACUGAGCCAGAGGAUGGAGCGUCUCGGCUCACUUCCUGCCUGCUACCGUCGCAACCAGCCGCUACUAAGCAGUCUGAGCAGCAGUGAGUGUUGGCAGCAGCUCAAGGCAUCGUGCUUGAGCAUGAACUGGACUGCAGGAGACGAGCAGCUGGAGGUGAUCAACGCCUCCGUGGGCAAACGCAGAGACUGUGGAGCUCCAUCACGACUCUGUAAACGUGCACUUUACACGCGCUGGAACAGAGUCUACCGCAAACUGGUAGCGAGCGCUCCGGGUUCAAGCGCCGGCCCACUGACGUACGCCGAGGCCAAGCAGGCGGCAGCAUCCUACCAGAGCGCGAAAGAGCAGUGGGUACGAGCGCUGAGGGAAGCCGGGUUGGGGACGUGGGUCCGGAAACCGGCGGAACAAGAGCACUUCAUGCUGAUGGCGUGAGACGCCGUGACGUAGCGACCACAGACUAAAUACCUCGCUUAUAUACGUCGAGAGCGAGAACGAGUGAAGACUUGCUUUCCCUGAUGGUGACCAGGAGAAAAAACUGGGUUACGGGAAUGACUUUUCAUUUUCACCUUCCAGCGUCCCCUUUCUCUAUUCACCUGCAGCUGUCACACUCCACUAAAUGUGUGUGUGUGUGUGUUAACCUUUGGCAAAGUGAAAGGCAGCAUCCAUGUUGUCAUCGCUGGCCUGUUUCCGGAUGCUCAGCCCCUGUAGAGUUCUUCACGCACCGUCCAAUUAAAGGCGCUGUCAGAAUGAUGUGCCCCUCCUCCCCUCUCUCUCUCUCUCUCUCUCUCUCUCUCUCUCUCUCACACACACACACACUUAUACAAGCCUUACCUUCUUUUUUCCCCCCUUCAUCAAGCACACAAGCUCUCACCUCCAAAAGGGAAAAAAAAAGAGCAGGAGGGUGGUUUGACAUUGCAGCGACAGGUUAAUUCAAGCCCUUUUGUGUGCAGCACAGGGAAUAUAAAGAGACGAGUGGAGGAAAUAGUGACAAGCUAACAUAAAUGGUGCCAUUAAAGCACGGCGGGUCUGUACGGAGCGCUCGAGCCGCUACACCGUGUCGCUUUAAUACCUCUACGCACAUGACAUGCCCUUGUUUUUUUUGUUUCUUUCAUUUAUGUUGCUUUACUGUGUAUUUAUUAAAGGCACACGGCAGGAGCAAGUGACCCAUGCUUAAAAGAAAAAGGGGGUGAAGCGGACACAUGGGAGCGCUGUGGAGGAGAAAUUUGAUUAUUUCUGUGUGAAGGGGUGAAGUAUACAGUACUGCUUUAUUGUUACUGGGAAAAUCCCCUUUCAUGCGGAAUGAAGUAGGUAGAGAGAAGAGGCGGAGAGCUGGAGCCAUUAUGAUUACACUCGGGGGGUUUUGCCACAUGAUGUUUAAUUCUAUCCAGGCGUAUAUUUUAAUGUUGUUCAUUUUUUUAUUAGCUAGUCAUGAGGUCUGUGUGUUUAUCAGGUGACACACAGAGGACCUAAAGUAGACACAAUGAAAAAUUUACUUUAAAAUAAAUAUAUACAAAAUUUAAUGAUGUAAGCGGCUCAUUUUUAGGUUUAAAUAAAAUCAUUACAAGACAUAAAUAUGACCUUUCCUUUUAAAUUAGUAUAUCAUGUGUUUAGGAAAAAAUAAUAAAAAAUUAAACAAAAAAACUGUCAUUUAAAUCGAUAUUAAAAUUCAAGUCAGAUGUUAAAAAAUGCAGUAAUAAAUGUGGAGAUAAAUUAAUACAGAUUUUUGGAUUAAGAUGCCGAUAACCUGUUUUAUAAUUAGGCAUAAAUAGGAUAUUAUAUAUAAUAUUAAAAAUAUUAAAAAUAAAUGAAUGUCAUUAAAAAUAUUAAAAUAAAAUAAAUAUCAUAAAAUAUUAAAUCUUAUGACAAAAACAAUUCUAAAAAAAAAUAAGGGGGAAAAUAUAUAAAUAAAUACUAAUAUUGGUUUAAGGUAAAAAAAAAAAAAAGCAUAAAUCUGAAAUUUAAAAAUCUGAAAUUUUUUUGUCUCAUAUAAAAUGAAGGGGGAAAAAAUCAUAUUGAAAUUGCUAUAUAGAGUUAUUUCCCAAAAUUAAAGAGUGGAAAUUUAGUGAAAAUAAAAAAUAAAAACGCAAAUAAACACUAAUAAAGGUCUAACAUGAAUUUUUAAAUAAAAUAGAAAUACAGAAAAUGAAAAAUGUAUUAUUUCUUAAUUAGAAUAAUGGUUUGCAUUAGAAUUCUAACAUCAAAUAUUAAAACACGUCUCUUUUCGUUUGGAACCUUUUGGUCAUUGAUAUUAUAUAUUAAUAUUUGCCAUGUUAAAAAAAAAUCCAUUUAUAUAUUAGCUGUCUGCGCAUAAGGUCACAUGUCAAUCAAACUCAGUGGGUGGGAUCAGAUGUUAUUAUUGAUUAAUGGAGAGCUAAUAGGGAAAAGAAAAAUGCAUUAAAAUGAAUUUUUCAACAUUUCAUUUCUACUUUCGUCCUCUGGAGUGAGUGAGACGUCUGAUAAAUAACGAAAGCCUGAUGAUUUUCUUGUCCGUUUAGGAUUAUGAGUUCUGAGAUUUGAGAUCCUUCACCGACGGUCCAGUGUAUGAAGCAGCAUUUCAAAGCGUGUCCUAGCUGUAAGAGUGACACCUAGUGGUGGUUCCCUCGGUCCUGUGGGUUUUAGGAUUUGUAAAUGAGCUCUCUGAGCUGUGCAUGAAUCACUUCUCUCCCCCCCCCCCCCCGAACUUCAGUGUUUUCCCCCCGACUCUGUGAUUAACUGUAGACUGAUAUGUAAUAGGCUGAUGCAGUAGAUUAGGAUGGAGAGUUUCGUCCUCCAUCACGGUCUUCCCCGGUCUUUUAAAACCUUUUGCUAAUCCACAUAGCAGCUACGAUUAAAGGGCGGUGAUCCACAUCAUCCCUGCUGCCCCCUCACACUCCUUUAUUAUCCUCGCUAAUCACAGAUUUCCUCCAAAAAUGUCCAAACUAGCCGUCUCAACUAAAAUAUUUGUGAUUAUUUCUCUUUUUCUUUUGCUAUUUAUUCCCCUACACAGGUUAAUCAUUCAUAUCAACGAUUCGUCAAAGAAAAAGAAAAAAAAAUCAUCGGAAGUCAGUAGUAGGCAUGUGACCGAUCGGCAAUAUUGUAAUAUUCUCUGUACAUUUUGUAAACUUUGUAAAAAUAAUGAGAUAAAAAAAAUACAAAAACUAAACAAAAAAAAUAAUCGAGGUGUCGAAAUAAGAUGUAUAUUUAAAUCUGCAAUUAUUCUGCUGCUAAGAUCUGUACAUUGCACUUCGGUUGUACCUUAAAAGUGAAUGUUUAUGUGAAUAAAA